ACGAAAAAAGCAACCACGGAUCAAAACAGUAGCUAGCCUUUCUAUCUUUAGUCUACACAAUGGAAACUCCUGGAAAUACUGCAGAAACAAACUAUAAAUCUAUAAAAAUAACUGUCAUCCGUGGAAAUAACUUGCAAGGAAAAAAGACAGACAGCUUCCACAGUUUCCUGCGGGUUGAAGUAGAUGGAAAUGUGCUGGGAGAGUCAGACAAGAAGCAGGUCGACCCUGUGGAGCAGCGUGUUGACUACGACUUUACCUGCAGCUUCCACUGCUCCAAUAACACUCAGGCUCUCAGUGACAUUGCCCAUAAACCGAUCAUAUUGACAGUGAGAGAGGCCCCGCCUGAGGAGGAGAAAGUUGAGGCGAAGACAGCGGUGCUGGGCCAAGCUGUGGUCGACCUGCUGCCACUGCUACAAGGUCAGUGCAGCUUCUCGUCCACAGUCCCACUGAAUCCGGUGACCAGCCACUCAGCCAAAGACAUCAGCAACAGGCAGUCGACCUUGGAUGUGUGUGUCAGUGUGUCCGAUCCCCUGCUGUCUGAGGCUGAACUCUCAGCCUCCAACCUGCUGAAGGUAACUGUGGAGACAGCCUACUCCAUCCCUGAGCCAUGGAUGCUGCAGUCUGGCCCCGCCCCCACUCCAUGCACAUACACUGCUGCCCUGGAGGUCCCGCUUACUGCACAGAAAGAUCAGGUGCUGGUGUUCUGUGAGGGGCAGCUGAAGGCGGGGGGAAAGAGGGAGGAAAAGGGCAGAAAAAGGAAGAGGCCCCAUCAGGCCCUGCUGGUCCCGGAGAACCACUUCCUGCCUGCUGCCUUUUUCCAGGCAGAGCCAAUCAAAGAGGAGGACGGCCAGCUGACUGGAUUAGAGGACCGUGAGUUUCGCAAUGAGGCAGAGACCACGAUGAAUAGGGUGAGCUGGGACACUGAGAUGCGCUGCUUCCUGGAUGCAGGAGGAACUACCAGGCUGCGGCAGAAGAUCACUGAGAGCAGAAUGUGGCCGGUGGAGAUUAUGAGGUCGUUGGCUCCGCUGACAAAGGCAUCAGAAACAAAAACGCUAGCUGAGGAGAACCCAGAGAUCCCCUUCCAUGGUGUGGCGUUUGUGGACAUGGGGCGGCUGCUGUAUCCUGGAGUCAGCCGCAUCCGAGGAGCAUACAGCAUUCAGCCCUUCUCUGAGGCUGAGUUGCUGCACAAGGCCAAGCGGAGUGUCAGUGUGUUAAAGGCCAAGGCAGCAGUCAACCAGGUCCAAGCUCCUGUUAGCUCAGCUGCAGGCUUUAACAAGGCAAAGGAAGGGAAGAACUUGAAUGGAAAUAUGUACGUGGAGGCCAGAACGUAUAUUAUCAUUGAGAUAGCCUUGGAGAAACCGCUGGUCCCAAUAACAUCUCCAGAGGAGCUGUCCAGAAGGGUAAAGGCGUUGAUCCCACCCAGAUCUCCACUUCCAGCGGGUCCUAGCAGAGCAGAAAGAGCGGUGCUUGACUUCCACAGGCAGGUAGGUAACGUGAUGACCCAUAUUUUGAACCAGCAUAAGGAAUUGUUUGGAGCAAGAUGCAAGCCGUCUGAAGACUGCAGCCGGGAGCAAAUGAAGGUUCAGCUGAUGGGAUCGCUCAAUGUUUCUGGGACAUACUUCGCCUUCAAGGAACAGAUGAAGCAUGCAGUGGUGAGGAUUGUACGAGACAAGAUGCAGCGCACAGAGCCAUUCACUGACCCUCAGGAGCUAAGGGCUUUUGUCAGCAAGCUAUAUGUUUACCUGGUGGACGAGAUGCACAUAGCUCUCAACAAGAAUUAUUCAGAAGACGUCAAUGAUGACUCCUUGGAUGAGAUCCAGUUGAGUUCUUCUCAGCUCAGACAUUUUGCCAGAGAGGCUCGGCUUACUGGGGAUUAUCAGCUGGCAGCUCAGUACUUCCAAGAGCUGGUGGUGAGGAAACCCAGUGAACCCUCCCACAAGUUUGAGUGGGGAAGCCUCUACAUGCUGACCGGAGACUACAUGAAGGCUAGAGAGUGUUUCCAUGAUGCUGUGUCCAUCCAGCAGGCACACCAACCCAGCCUGAUGAUGUGUGGGGUAUUGGCAGCAAUGUUUGAACAUCACGAGGAGGCCCAGACCUUCCUGGAGAGAGCCAUCAGCAUAGACCCGGCCAGUGUGGUGGCCUGGACGCUGCUGGGCUUGCUCCAUUACAGCCAGAACGAAUCCAUCCUGGCUGAGAGGGCUCUUCUGGAGGCCAGAAGUCAGCUGAGGGCAAAAGAAGCAAAGAAGCAAACACAGAGGGAUGAGGAGACGAAGGUCAGGGAGGAAGACAAGGAGGUGAAAAACCAGCGAGAGGAGGAGGACAUGGCCACGUCUGCAUGUCAGUCUUCCACUGUUAAGAAAGACCCAUAUCGUGGAGACCAGAACUCAGAAGUGCAAGGAGACCCUCCAGUAGAGAGUGUCAGCUCCAGAGCCGCUCCUGCUAAAUGCUCCUCCACAAUUUACACAGAGGCGGUUCAGUUCCUGCUGCAGAACACUGCCCUGCAGGUGAAAACACACAUCGCAGCUGGUGGUUUGAUCAGCCAGCUGCUGGAGUCAAAGCACAUUAUGGCGGAGCAUGCUCUGUCGCUGAAGCUGCUGUCGGCAAACGGUGGUCACAGUGGCUCCUAUCUUCUUCAUCUAGCCCAGUUGCAGCUGCUCAGAGCCGACUACAGCAGUGCCGCAGCCACCCUCAAGGAGGCGCUGUUUCACAGAGACCAGGAUGUGGAUGUAUGGGCGUUGAAUGGUCACUGUCACUACCUGCAAGGGGAGUUUAGUGAUGCUCAGGAGAGCUAUGAGCGAAGCCUGAACUUUCUGCAGCAGCCAUCAGACUCUCACCUUGUCCUCCUCCGCCUGGGAUCCAUUUUCCUCCAGCAGGGAAAGUUUGAGCAAGCCAAAGUCGUCUACCUGCAGGCCUGUGAGCAGUCUCCGUCCUGCCUGACCUGGCUGAGCCUGGGCACCGCCUGUUACCGGCUAGAGGAGCUGUGUGUAGCUGAGGAAGCUUUGACCGAGGCCAAUCAUUUGAACAACAAGAACGCAGAAGUCUGGGCUUACCUGUCGCUGAUCUGCCUCAGGUCAGGCAGACAAGAGGAAGCAGAGCAGUUUUAUAAAUAUGCAACAAGGUUCAACUUGCAGGAGUCACUCCUCAAAGAGUUAGAUGAGGUGAAGGAUCAGCACCGCUUCACUCAUCUGCAGUCAUGCUUUGGAACAAGCUCAUAAAUUAGUUGGCCAAGUACAUUUCAUACAAACACAAACAUUUUGAA